AUGUGGCGGGGGUUGUGGACCCUAGUAGCCCGGGCCGCACGUGGGCCUCGCAGUCCCAGAUCGUGCACGCGCCAGGGCAGCGGCGCCCCGGCCCCCGGUUCCGGGGCCACUAUCUUCGCGCUGAGCUCCGGCCAAGGCCGCUGCGGCAUCGCGGUGAUCCGGACCAGCGGUCCCGCCAGCGGCCACGCCCUCCGGAGCCUCACGGCACCCCGGGACUUGCCCCCGGCUCGAAGCGCUUGCCUGCGCCUGCUCAGCCACCCCCGUUCCGGGGAGCCGUUGGACCGCGCGCUGGUGCUCUGGUUCCCAGGUCCCCAAAGUUUCACGGGGGAGGACUGUGUGGAAUUCCACGUGCAUGGAGGCCCAGCGGUGGUGAGUGGCGUCCUGCAGGCCCUGGGCAGUGUGCCAGGGCUGCGGCCGGCCGAGGCUGGAGAGUUCACCAGGCGGGCAUUCGCUCACGGGAAGCUGAGCCUGACCGAGGUGGAGGGGCUGGCAGAUCUAAUUCACGCAGAAACCGAGGCGCAGCGGCGGCAGGCACUGAGGCAGCUGGACGGGGAACUGGGCCACCUCUGCCAUGGCUGGGCCAAGACUCUCACUAAGGCUCUGGCUCAUGUGGAGGCCUAUAUCGACUUUGGUGAGGAUGACAACCUGGAGGAGGGCGUCCUGGAGCAAGCUGACAGCCAAGUGCGGGAGCUGGAGCUGGCACUGAGCGCACAUCUUCGAGAUGCCAGGCGCGGGCAGAGGCUUCGCUCAGGAGCGCACGUAGUGGUCGCAGGACCCCCCAACGCUGGCAAGAGCAGCCUGGUGAACCUACUCAGCCGGAAGCCUGUGUCCAUAGUAUCCCCGGAGCCGGGGACCACCCGCGACGUGCUGGAGAUCCCCGUGGACCUGGCCGGAUUCCCGGCGCUGCUGAGCGACACGGCGGGGUUGCGUGAGGGCGUGGGGCCUGUGGAGCAGGAGGGCGUGCGGCGCGCCAGGGAGAGGCUGGAGCAGGCUGACCUCAUUCUGGCGGUGCUGGAUGCUUCUGACCUCGCCUCUCCGUCCAGCUGCAACUUCCUGGAUACCGUUGUCGCCCCCGCAGGCGCUGGGAGCCCCAAUGAGAGCAGCCGGCGCCUCCUGCUGGUGCUGAACAAAUCGGACUUACUGCCUCCAGGGGGCCCAGACCCCAGUCCCAACCUGCCCCCGCACCUGCUGCUGUCCUGCUUGACCGGAGAGGGCUUGGAUGAUCUCCUGGAAGCACUGAGGAAGGAGCUGGCUGAAGUGUGUGGGGACCCGUCCACAGGCCCACCGCUUCUGACGCGUGCAAGGCACCAACAUCAUCUCCAGGGCUGCCUGGAUGCCCUUGGCCACUACAGGCAGACAAAAGACCUAGCCCUGGCUGCUGAGGCGCUGCGACUUGCCCGGGGUCACCUGGGCCGCAUCACCGGCGGAGGCAGCACCGAGGAGAUCUUGGACAUCAUCUUUCGGGACUUCUGCGUGGGCAAGUGAGAAGCCCUGAGGCAUGUGGGAAUAGCUUAGGCCAAGUGAGAAUCUCAUCUCCAGGAGAAAACUUGACCCCAGAACCAUGAACCAGAGUGCUGCCUUGAGAGGUGGUGAGCUCCUUGUUGCUGGCAGUGACUAAGCUACGGCCAGCCGUGCUAGGGGUUCCAGCCCUGGAGUGGAGCUCAACGAAGGUCCCUUUGGCUUCCUGUGCUGGGGGAGUAGGAGUGGGUG